AUGGACACCAACCUCAGCCCGGACGCCUUGAGGAAGGUGAGCUCCCAGCGUCUUCCCCCUCCCGCCCUCUUUCAGGGCCCGCCGUCCCAUAAUGCAUCGAAUCUGUCGCUUCAACCACCAGUACCUACAGUUUCCGCUCCUGGAGGUAGUCAGCCUGCGACCCAUAGCCCACUAUUGAGUCGCAGGCGUUCAUCACCAAAACCCCUCGAUGCGUCUGGUCUUUCUCCGUUUCUAUCUCGCACCCAGUCCCGAGGCGAGGUAGAUGGCUCCGAUGCGCUUUGGGAAGAGAUGCAAAGCGCGCUUUCUGAUGUGGAAGUCAGUGCAACGGUUCGCGGGCAUGUAUUUGGGGAAAAGCACUCCGAAGCACUAGAAGAGCUGCGAAUGAAGCAUCUACGACUUGCGCAGGCGUGGGGUCGGGGUGAAGCUGAAGAUGAAGGUCCUGAUUCCAAAACUGCUAUCAUGAAGCCCCAGUCUCCCAAGAGAGAUUCGCGGACAGUCGGGGAUAUGCCUGGGGAAGCGGAUGAAUCGUCGAAGAAUUUGGAUGAAGAAACGGAGAAAGACAUCCAGCUUGCCCGCGAGAGGCGGGAAGCAAAUGAUCGGUACUUUGAUCAAGUCAAUAACAGCGUUUUGGAUGUGGUCGCAAAACUAGAAGACGUUGCUCAGGCCAUGCGUACAAUGGAAGCAGAGAGCAAGGAUAUUUGGAGUGAGGAUGACAGCUUGAGUACCGCUUCUCAUUCUACCGUUAAUAUAGCCGGUUGA